AAAAGGAAGAAAAUGACUCCCUGCUAGUUGUAGUAACUCUGGGCUUCACUUCCACUGAAAAGAGAUCAAUCGUAUGGUUAUCAGUAGCUGUUCGAUACUGAUUAAGACGCUGUUCCUUCAUAAAUCUCAAUCAUAGCUGGAAUAUAACUUCGACCCGCCACUCAGAAAAGAAAACCAGGAAGAUUUUCAGAGAGAGAGAGAGAGAGAGAGAGAUGAGUGGAGCAGAGAAGGUGGUGUGUGUAACGGGAGCGUCAGGUUACAUAGCGUCAUGGUUGGUGAAGCUGUUGCUCCUGCGCGGCUACACCGUGAAAGCCUCGGUUCGUGAUCCAAAUGAUCCAAAGAAGAUGGAGCACUUACUUGUGUUGGAUGGAGCUAAGGAGAGACUUCAAUUGUUCAAAGCGGACCUAGUGGAAGAAGGAGCCUUUGAUUCUGUGGUCCAUGGAUGUGAGGGCGUUUUUCAUACAGCGUCACCUUUUUAUCACAAUGUCACUGAUCCACAGGCAGAAUUAAUUGACCCAGCAUUGAAGGGAACACUUAAUGUUCUAAGAUCAUGUGCUAAAGUUCCAACCGUUAAAAGAGUGGUUAUAACAUCCUCAAUGGCAGCGGUUGCAUUCAAUGGAAAAUCUCUUGCUCCUGAUGUAAUAAUCGAUGAGACUUGGUUUUCAGAUCCUGCUGUUUGUGAGAAAUCAAAGAGUUGGUAUAGGCUUUCAAAAACCUUAGCAGAGGAGGCUGCAUGGAAAUUUGCAAAAGAGUAUGGAAUUGACAUGGUAGUGAUAAACCCGGGGUUGGUGAUUGGUCCUCUCUUACAGCCAACUCUUAAUUCAAGUGCGGAGUCAGUUUUGAAGCUUGUAAAUGGGGCCGAAAGAUUCCCAAAUGUAACUCACAGAUUGGUUGAUGUUAGAGAUGUGGCUAAUGCACAUAUACUAGCCUUUGAGAAGCCAUCAGCUAGUGGAAGAUAUUGUUUAGUUGGAAGAGUUAUUCACUGUUCUGAGGUUAUAAAGAUGUUGUGUGAACUCUUCCCUGAUCUCAAUCUUCCUGAAAAAUGUGCAGAUGACAAGCCUGUUGUGUCAAACUACAAGGUGUCCAAGGAGAGAGCGGAAAGUUUAGGCCUUAACUUUACUCCUGUGGAGGUCAGUUUGAAGGACACUGUUGAAAGCUUGAAGGAGAAGAACUUCUUGUGUGCCUGAUUCAUCAUAUUUAACAAUUAACACCAAGUCAGGCAAAUAGUAUUAAAUAAACUUUGCCUAAAUUUUAUUGUUUCGAACAUCAUUUGUAGUAGCACUGGCUGUUCUUCAAUAUUUUGGCUUUGAACUUUGUAUAAUGAUGGUAUAAAGCAUGUGUGACUUCCACAUUUUUGUUUUCAAGCAUAUAUUUUUUGAAGUUUCAUGCAGAUGGUAAAUAAAGCAUUGAAGUUGCUGGUAGUUCACUACCCUAGUAGAA